AUGGCCGAAAGCUGGGAAGACGAGGAGGAGCGCCUCUCACAGCAGGCCCAGGGCAUGAACCUGAACAACCCAAAUGCUGGCGCCUUCACCCCCGGCGCGGCAUCCUUUACCCCCGGCGCGCAGGCCUUCGUCCCCGGACAGGCGUUUGGCGGAUACAACCAGGGCUACGGCCAGUACCAGCAAUAUGGACAAGGCGGAUACCAGAACUACGGCCAGCAGCAGCAACAGCAGCAAUAUGGCUACCAGCAAGGAUACCCACAGUACGGACAGCAGCAGCAACAGGGGGGCUACCCGAACUACGGACAGCAGGGCGGCCAGCAGGGCUACGGAAACCAGUACGGCUACCAGCAGCAGGCCCAACAGCCCCAGCAGCAACGACAGGCACCUGUGAAGAUUGCAAAGCGAGGGGAGGCAGACCAGCCAGGCGCGGAGGGUGCUUCCGCGGCAGAGCCCAAGAAGGAGACGCCAAAGGCCAAAGUGCUCUCCAUCGGUGGCGACGGUGCGCCCAAGGCCAAGGUCCUGACGAUCGGCGCUGAUGCAGCAGCACCAAAGGUCGAGAAGGCCGGGCAGACCAAGGUACUCUCCAUUGGAACCCCAGCAGCACCGUCGGCCGCGAAGGAGAACGUCGACAAGGGCGCUCCAGAGGCUGGAGCCAAAGUCGCCGCCGCCAAAGCCAUCGAGAAGACCGGCGAAACCACACCAGCCGCUUCCGGGCCGCACGUCACCAACGCCAUCAUCCGGUCGCAACAGUCCUUCAAGGCAGUGGAUGUGGAAAAGGAGCUUGAAGACGUUGACGAGGCGACGCUGGCCGAGAUGUACGGAAAGGAGCACGUCAACAUCAUUUUCUUGGGUCACGUCGAUGCCGGAAAGUCGACACUAGGUGGUAGCAUCUUGAUCAGCACGGGCAUGGUCGACGAGCGAACACUGGACAAGUACAAGCGAGAAGCAAAGGACGCCGGCCGAGAGACUUGGUACAUUUCAUGGGCGCUGGACUUGAACAAGGAGGAGCGGGCACAGGGUAAGACCAUCGAGGUCGGCCGAGGAUUCUUCGAGACAGAGAAGCGCCGGUACUCCAUUCUUGACGCCCCUGGUCACAAGACAUACGUGCCCAACAUGAUUGGCGGUGCUUCACAAGCCGACGUUGGUGUUCUCGUCAUCUCAGCCCGAAAAGGUGAGUACGAGACUGGUUUUGAAAAGGGCGGACAGACGCGCGAGCACGCCAUGUUGGCAAAGACUCAGGGUGUGAACAAGCUCGUCAUCGUUGUCAACAAGAUGGAUGACCCUACUGUCGAGUGGUCUGAGGAGCGAUACAAGGAAUGCACGUCCAAGCUCGUCCAGUUCUUGAAGGGUGUUGGGUACAACCCCAAGACCGACAUCGCCAUGAUGCCCGUCAGUGCGCAGACGUUCACGGGUAUCAAGGAGCGCGUGCCAAAGGAUCUGGCACCUUGGUAUGAUGGUCCUUCUCUUCUGGAGUACCUGGAUGGCAUGCAGGCUCUUGAGCGCAAGCUGAACGCUCCUUUCAUGAUGCCCAUCGCUGCCAAGUACAAGGAUAUGGGAACCAUGGUGGAGGGCAAGAUUGAAUCUGGUACGUACUCCUUUCUUGAAAACACAAUGAGCGGUAUCAUCAAGAAGGAGAACAAGUACAUCAUGAUGCCUAAUCGACAGAUGAUCCAUAUCUCCGCCCUCUAUGGAGAGCAAGAAGACGAAAUCCCCGCCGCAACGUGCGGUGACCAAGUGCGCAUCCGUUUACGAGGUGUUGAAGAAGAAGAUAUCCUGCCCGGAUAUGUGCUUUGUUCACCGAAGCGACCAGUCCACUGCGUUUCAACCUUCGAGGCGCAGGUGGUGCUCCUUGACCUCAAGUCGAUCAUGACGGCCGGCUUCAACUGCGUGCUACAUGUUCACUCCGCACAGGAAGAAGUUACCAUCUCGGCUUUACUGCACAAGCUCGAGAAGGGCACAGGCCGCAAGAGCAAGAAGGCUCCAGGUUUCGCAACCAAGGGCAUGAGCAUCAUUGCGCGCUUAGAAGUCACAGGCACGGCUGGAUCCAUUUGUGUUGAGCGAUUCGAAGAUUACCCGCAACUUGGGAGAUUCACCCUUCGUGACCAAGGUCAGACCAUUGCUAUUGGCAAGAUCACGAAGCUGAUCACCGCGGAGAACGCUUAAGUGGAGGAUAACAAAAAGUUUCCGUGAGAGGAAUGUUCGGAUUCAAAGCAGCUAGCAUUUCACGGAUUUAUGCAUCAUGAAGUCUCGGUGCGGAAUUUAGAGGCCUGUGACAUCGGCAUCCCAUAUAGAUCUGCAAUUACAUGUGUUUGAAAGCAA